ACAAGAGUUUUGAGAAUACCGUCCCAUUUGAAAUGUGAGAUUGUCAGCAAGGUGGUUGGGUCUGAGGGUUUGGAUCUAAUAAACCCUCUUAGAAGAGGCACAUUUUCUGAAGUUUUAGGUUAAAGGAUGUAGAAUGGCAGAUGACUUUGACAUUAUUGAAAUCACAGAUGCUGAUUCUUCUGAUGAAGAAUUUGUCAAACCAACAGGCACACACCUUGAACAGUGUGAAGGAAAAAUUGAAAAUGAUGUCCACCAGAUGGCAGGUCGAUCAGGACAAGCUGGGCCAAAAAAUCUUACUGCUACCAUAAAAACAGAGGAAACAAAUGAUAAAGAAUCUUAUUAUUGUCAGUAUAAAUCUGGGAUUAAUGCUAGAAAUAAAGGAGGUGAAGCAUCAGGACAUAAUGACAGCAAGUGUGCCACCAGAAAGCAUGUGACUAGCUCAGAGGAAAACGAUGAUAUGGCUGCCAACACAUCUAUCAAAAAACGGUGUACUAACAACCUCAAGAAAUUGAUAAGUAGUACUGAAAAGGAUUCCAGCAGUGAUUUUGAAGAAUCUCAGAGUUUACUCACCCCAAAGAAAAGUUCACAACAUUUAAGUAACAUUGAAUACUUUGAAAAUUCUGUUUGCAAUUCCACUGGUCAAACACGCCACACAAUGCAAAAUAAAACACAAGAUAAACGUACUGAGCCUGUCAAGGGUUCAUCACAAUGUGUUGCAGGAAAGCUUAGUCAGCAAUCCAGCUCAGUUAGAAACAGUCUUUCAGAGAGAAGUAAUACGGAGGCAAAGAAACACAGUAGGGAUAAAAGAAGGCAUUUGAAACAAGAAAAGAAACCAUGCAAUGUGCUAGAAGAUAGCUCAGACUCUGAUUUUCAAGAAAUGCCAGUGAAAAGAAAAAAAAGAGUGAAAAAACUUGAACCAAAAUUCCUGGAAAGUAGUUCAGACUCGGACAAGGAAUUCCAGGAUAUUUUUCCAGGGAUAAAAUGCCCUAUUGGAUUCACCUCAGAUUCCAGAUCAAAGAAGAAGAAAAACCAAAGCAUCAAAAAAGUAAACAAUACGUCUUCUGCUACAUCUGAUGAUGGCCCAUGCUUAGAUCCUUUUGAAGCCAAUAAUGUACAGGCAGCUGUGAUACCUUUGGGAGAGGACGGUCUAUCCUACAGAGUUCUGAAUGCAGACCGUCUCAAAAUUGUUGAGUUCCAGUAUAAAGUGCCUCAAGUUGUGCUGAGAGAUGUCUUGGACACAGUUGAAGGUAAGCUGUACACAGACAGGUGUAUUGUAAACCAUAGAAAAAGUUCUCUUAGUGGACACCAUACUGCCUCUGGUGGACACCCUACUGCCUCUGGUGGACACCCUACUGCCUCUGGCGGACACCCUACUGCCUCUGGCAGACGCCCUACUGCCUCUGGCAGACGCCCUACUGCCUCUGGCAGACACCAUACUGGUUCGAGUAGAGACCAUACUGUCUCCGGCAUACACCAUACUGCUGCCAGGACAAACCAUUCUGCCUCUGGCGGACACCCUACUGCCUCUGGCGGACACCAUACUAUUUCUAGUAGAGACCAUACUGUCUCUGGUGGACACCAUACUGUUUCUAGUAGAGACCAUACUGUCUCUGGCGGACACCAAAUUGUUUCAAGUGAAAAGAAAACUGCUUCCAGGUUUGAUUAUAAAAGAAACGGAGAGACAAGUCACCCAGCUUNUACUGCCUCUGGCGGACACCAUACUAUUUCUAGUAGAGACCAUACUGUCUCUGGCGGACACCCUACUGCCUCUGGCGGACACCCUACUGCCUCUGGCAGACACCAUACUAUUUCUAGUAGAGACCAUACUGUCUCUGGCGGACACCCUACUGCCUCUGGCAGACACCAUACUGUUUCUAGUAGAGACCAUACUGUCUCUGGCGGACACCAAAUUGUUUCAAGUGAAAAGAAAACUGCUUCCAGGUUUGAUGUUGGUAAGCACCAUACCAUAAACACAGUAGAGAGAUUGGAUGGAAAUGGAAAAUGUGAAAAACACACUUCAGAUACCAAUAGAAUGGAGCCAUACAGUAAAUGUGACUCUGCACAGGAUCUAUGUAAUGAAAAAGAUAUGAAUAUUAUUAACAAGAAUCAGUGUGAUGGUAAAAGUAUAAAAGAAACGGAGAGACAAGUCACCCAGCUUGGUCCAUUGCCUUCAAUUAAGGGCUGUGAUCUACAGGAAAACCCUGCUUCAACAGAGACAGUGGCACAGGUCAGUACAGGACAAACUGAAGAGGAGCCUGGAGAGGUCAGUGAAGUGGACAGCAUGUCUGGAAGCUCCCUGAUACUGGACAGUGAUAUUGAGGUCAUUAGUCUGGAGGUGGAGGAACCAUCACCAUUUCCUUUCAGAGGGAAAUCUCAAGAUGCCAAAUCAAUUAAAUCUUCCAAGAAUGUGCCAAAGUAUAACAAUGAAGAGGACUUGUUGAGGAAAGCUCAGUUGGAGGAGGAACACAGCCAGAAGUUGGAUAUGGAUUCCUCAGAUGAUGAGGUGCUGCUCACAGCUCUGUCCAUAGAGGAGGAAAGACAGACCAAGGCCUCUCAGAGGACACAGUUAGAAACUUGUCACACAAAAGCUGAUGAUUCAAACAGUUUCUGCAUUGGGGCUACAGCCCCUAGUACGGCAUUGGGUCAUCCUGAAGAAUGCUCUCAGAAAGAGAACAAGAAACAGAAUGUAUCAACAAUGGUAGAAAAAACUGAACAAAAAGAAAAGAAUAGCAAGGAUAUAAGCCCAAAAAAUGGUAACAUGUAUGAGGACUUCCAAGGAGUAGAUGAUGAGAUAAAGCCAGCUAAUUUUGGGUCAUAUGUCAGUGAUAGUAAAAAGAUCAUGUCUCAAGUGACCAGUUCCAAGACGGAGCCAAGUGCUUCUAGAAGUAAGCAAUUUGACAAUCAAUUGACAGUGUCCAACAACUUUUCUUCGUCCCAUGGAUACUCUCAUUCUGAAAGUAUAGAGCUUCUCUCUGAUGAUGAUGAUGUGGAGGCAGGGCCUGACCUACUCAGGCUGUCACAGACUGUCAUUGACAUAGAUAGUGAGGAUGACUUCUCUCCACUGCAUAUUAAGCAGGAGGAAGAAGAGGAGGACCACAUGGACACAGGGGAAGAGACAACCCAUGUUAGCCCAGCCCAGGGCCGAGUCUCUGAUGUGGUGGGGUAUUUUGGACAGUACCAUGCCACACAACCCUUUGAUAUCCAUGAUGAGGACUUCCAGGACACACAACCAUUUGAGAUGCUGUCUUUUCAAGAGUGGGAUGCUGAAGAUGCAGCACAGUUGCAGUAUGAAGAUGACACAGAAACAGAGGGCCUUCCUGACCUGGGCAGUAGUAGUCAUCAAGCAGUGGAGGGACUCCAGGAGGAAGCAUUGCCCCAAACCAGUGCAGUGUCAAGAAAGGAGUACCAUUUUACUUUUGACUCUUCUGAAUCCAGUUCAGAUGAGCUGCCAUUUGUUCUUGAUCGACCGUCAGGGUUUGGGAAGGACAAAUCUGGGAAUGAUGGAUUGAAGCCAUCACCCAAGUUGCCACUCAAGUCACAAUCUUUCACAAAGAAAGCUAGUCACACAGCUAGACCCGUAUUUCAUAGGAUGACCAGUGCAAGUAGUUCUAAGUCUGCCAAAUUGUGUGAAGCUCAGCCUCUGUUCUACAGGGGACGCCAGUACUCGGGGGAUGACCGCAGGCUGCUGACAGGGAGGGCCAACAUGGCUGAUGAAAACAGUUUCACAGCAGCAAGGUUUUAUGCCAAUGAAAAGAAAAUGGAAGAGCAUAGUAAACAGGAAAGUAUAUAUGGGAAGGCAUCCAAGAAGAAAAAGCAUUCUAAAAUUAUGAAAGGGUCCAGCAGCAGUACAUCUUCCUCUGAUUGGUAUGGACAAAAAAUGAAACGGCAUAUAGCAGAAGCCAAGAAGGCCAUGAGACGUAGGCAGUCUGUGUCAAAAAGCGGCACAUCUUCACCAAAAAAGUCAGAAAAGACAAAAGGCUUUAUCCGCCAGCCUGGCCCGAUUGCUCGCAAGGCUCGUGUCUGGGUGAGUGCUACUUCCAGACAGGACUCUCUGACAAAAGAUAUGAUGGCUUCCAAAGCACAGAGUUGGCGUCAGUCCAUUAGAAAUAAAAAAACAUCGGCAGGGCCUUCAAAAAAAAGGUCUACCAGUGAUGCUGGAGCAGUUUCUACUCUAGGAUCUGAAUCUGCUAGUACUCUGCUACCUUCCACUGGAGAUGUUACAACUGCUGCUAAAACCAUGGUAACUAAUACUAAAGAUGGGACAACUGCCACUGAAACUAUGGUAACUAGCCCUGGAGAUGUUACAACUGCUGCUAAAACCAUGGUAACUAGCCCUGGAGAUGGGACAACUGCCAAUAAAACCAUGGUAACUAGCCCUGGAGAUGGGACAACUGCCAAUAAAACCAUGGUAACUAGCCCUGGAGAUGGGACAACUGCCAGUAAAACCAUGGUAACUAGCUCUGGAGAUGGGACAGCUGCUAGUAAGUCAAAACUAACUAUUGCUAUAGAUGGUACAGUACAGAAAGCUGCCCCUGUGGUCCAAGAAGAACAAGGUUCUGGGAGUGGGAAAGAUGUCCCUUCUGUACAUGUCACUAAACCAAUUGGAAUCCUUAAAAAACCAGGAAGAGCCAAUGGAAAAAAGAGGAUAGAAGAUGGAGUAAGAAAUAAGGUAUCUUUUGGGGAAAGAUUUUUCAAAGAAAUCCCGAGAAGGUCAGAGCAACAGUCCCGACCUGUCAAUAUGGCUGCUAUGGCCCUCGAUGUGCAUCCUAGGGCUAAGAGCGCUCCUGCCAACAAAACCAAGUUCUCCGAGUUGAAGUUUCUGGUAAACAUGCUGACCAAGUUCAACACCCGCUGGCUCAAAGAAUGUCUAACAUCUGAUGCAGAGCCUCCUGCUGCGGGGGAAGGUGUCUAUCUGCAUCCCCUGCUGCCCUCUUACAGCAGUUUAGAUGACUACAUUGAAAUCAUCACACCUCUUAUGUUACAUGAAAUAUGGGCAAAGGCUGCAAAAGAUUGGAAGGAAAAGGGAAAUGAAUCGGCAUGUCAUUUUUUAGUUCUUGUAAAUUGCAAUUUCAAGCCUGCUUUACAGGGUUACAUGUUCCAUGGUCUACAGGAUUUAAUCCACAAGAAGGCGCUGCUGACCAGAAAGUGUGUGGCUGAGGGCGAUCUGGUGGUGCUCCACAUGGCAAGGAAGCUGAAGCAGGGCAGCAUUGAAAUACUGCAAGUGUUUGGCUAUGUGCAGAGUGUCACCAGGACUGCCAUAGGGGAGGAACAGAACCUCAAGGAACUGCUGGCCAAGAAAAAGUUUGCAGGUCACAGUGCAGCGGACUACACUCUGUUUACACUGUCAGUUAUGACAAAAUGGAAGCCAGCUUUUUUAGAACUGACUGAUGAAAUUCUUUUGAAAGCAGAGGUUGUGACUUCAUUGACCUCCAGUAUCCGCUGUAUUCGAGGACUCUCUUAUCUGAAUAAGAGCCUCUUGGCGAGGGACUUCCUGCGUCCAACUAAUGGCAAUGUAUUUGUCCGAUCUCCUAUCAAACUCAGUGAAUCUGUGCCAGGUUUCAAUGAGAGUCAAAGUAAAGUCAUCCAGUCCCUGUCUGAGGCAGCUGUUCAGCCAUAUGCUCUGCCUAAGAUUGGACUGGUUCAGGGACCACCAGGGACAGGAAAGUCACGCACUGUAGUCGGCUUGUGUGUAAACAUAUUACAGCUGACAAAAGAAUCAAGGUCCCUGGUAUGGUGCGUGUUGGGAGUACAGAGAAUGUCCACCCAGACAUCGUAUCCAUUACCCUGGAGGAGCUGAUCAAGUCUAACAUGGGGAGAGAGGAUGCAGACCUGCUUUCAAAGAGCAAUGAUAGCAUGAAGGAAGCUUUGGCAGAAAUAGAGGUGAAAAUGACAUCUCUGAAACUGAAGUUACAAGAAGAAAAGAAUGUUGGGAAAGACACCAGGACAACAGAUGAAGCACUCCGAAAUUUAGAAGAGAAGAAGAAGUGGCUUUGUAGGCAACCUGUGACCAAGACCCGGCUUGGAGCCAAGGAGAUGGCCAGGAGACAGAAGGAGCACAGACUGAACAUCUUGAGGAAGGCAGACAUAGUUUGCUGCACUCUGAACAGCAGUGGCAAUGCAGUGAUGAGGGAGUCUUUCUUGGACUACCAGAGCCAGACCAACAAGCUGCUCUUUGACUGCAUUAUAAUAGAUGAGGCCAGUCAGAGCACGGAGCUGGAGUGUUUGAUACCUUUACAAUAUGGCUGCUUAAAACUCUUCUUGUUUGGAGACCCAGAACAGCUACAGCCCACAGUUCUGUCACAGGUUUCCACAGAGAGGAACUUUGGGCAGUCCAUGCUAGAGCGCCUCAGUGUUUACUUUAAGGAGAAGGACAGUGACUCCCCUGUCCAGUUUUUGGACACUCAGUACCGGAUGCACCCUGAGAUUUGCCACUUUCCAUCUUUACACUGUUAUCAUGGUUCCUUGAAAACUGACAUGUCAUGCCAGACUAAAUCAAACAAAUGCCCCUUCCAGCCAUAUCUGGUGUUUGACCUGAAAGACAGCAAGGAAAACAACAACAGGACUGGAGCCAUCUUCAAUGAAAAUGAAGCAGAGUUCACUGUGGACCUGUGCAAGUUCUUGCAUGCGAUGAACAAGACAUUUGCCACUAACAUCGGCGUGAUAACCCCGUAUCAGAAACAGAGGAAAUGGCUGGAGGACAAAUUGAAGAAAAUACACCUUGAGGGACGCUUGUUGGAGGUUAACACUGUGGACGGGUUCCAGGGCCGCGAGAAAGGCAUCAUAGUAUUAUCCUGUGUCAGGGCCCAGACAUUAUCAGGGGGAAUUGGCUUUUUGGCCAGCAGGCAGAGGAUGAAUGUGGCCCUGACAAGGGCAAAACAUGCCUUGUAUGUAGUUGGACACUUAGAUACCCUUAAGAGUGACAAGGAGUGGGGGGCCCUGAUACAGGAUGCUAGGACCAGAGGCCUUGUUGUUAAUGUAGACAUAAACAGUCGUCACAAAGACAAGGUCAUUAGAAAAUGUCUCAAAACUACUGCCAGCUAAUGCUACAGGUACAGUGUUGUAGGGCUCAACAAUAAAACUACUGGAACUAAGGGAAGUAACACGCUUGUUAACCGUUGUACGGCAUUAUACUAUUAUGUUAUAUAGCUCAGAAAUAACACAAUAACCACUGGAACUAUGGGAAAUGAGACGCUUGGUAAUGGCUGUAAGGCAUUAUACUGUUAUGUUUGAUAUUCACUCAUUUGGAAGUACCUCAGUAUAUUUCAUUUACAGUAACUAGUUUUUCAAUAUUUCAGCAUCUUUGCUGCACCAGCAUCUGUUCCACUUCUUCCCAGUGACUUACAUUUCUGUCUACCCCUAGAGAAGUUCCCUUUCUUCCCAGUGACUUACAUUUCUGUCUAUCCCUAGAGUAGUUCCCUUUCUUCCCAGUGACUUAUGUUCCUGUCUAUCCCCAGAGUUGUUCACUUCUUCCCAGUGACUUACAUUUCUGUCUAUCCCUAGAGUUGUUCCCCUUCUUCCCAGUGACUUAUGUUCCUGUCUAUCCCUAGAGUUGUUCACUUCUUCCCAGUGACUUACAUUUCUGUCUAUCCCUAGAGUUGUUCCCCUUCUUCCCAGUGACUUAUGUUCCUGUCUAUCCCUAGAGUUGUUCACUUCUUCCCAGUGACUUAUGUUCCUGUCUAUCCCUAGAGUUGUUCACUUCUUCCCAGUGACUUAUGUUCCUGUCUAUCCCUAGAGUAGUUCCCUUUCUUCCCAGUGACUUAUGUUUCUGUCUAUUCCUAGAGUUGAUCUGAAAUAAUACAUUCUCAAUGAAUAACUCAGCUGCUGGUCAUUUCUGAUGGCAGAUACACAUCUCUGAUCUUCUAGUUUGUUCUGAAUGGCCUUUAAUGCAAUACCCACUAUAAUUGAAUAAUACGUCUGCUUUAGAUGAUAAUAGAGCUCUUCCUUAACUCUGUUAUCACUUUGUGAAUGCUCUUGAUUUGAAGAUCAUUAUUUGGCAGAUCUGGUGCCCUUAAUUGUCGUUGCCCAGUGGAUGAUUUUGUUGAAGGUUUUUUUUUACUUUACUUAAAGGGAUAAUAAAUCUAUGUAUGAGAUUUAU